AUGAAAACUUCUCUUGAAUUCGCUUAUGCAGAAGUCACAGACUUGAAAGACGAAGUUGAAAAAACCAAGAAAUCCGAAAACGAAAUCCAAUGCAAAAUGCGCAAUUUAGAAGAAUCAAACUGCCUGUUACAAGAGAGCGUCAUUGACCUGAAGGCUCGAUCCAUGCGGGAUAAUCUUCUCUUCUAUAAUGUUGAAGAAAGAGAAAAUACAGACGAAAAGAUCUACCAGAUUCUGGAGGAGAAACUACAGAUUCCUGAUGCUAGAAAUAAGAUAAAGAUCAAUCGAUCUCAUAGAGUCGGAAGGAAGCAUCACGCGCAACGCAAGCCAAGAGCAAUUGUUGUUAAGUUCAACUAUUUUAAAGACCGAGAAGAUAUCCGACUUAACGCAAGAAAGCUCAAAGAAACACGCAUAGGAAUAGCAGAACAAUUUCCUGAAGAAAUUGAGAAGAUACAGCAAAUGCUUUAUCCUGAAAUGAAGAGCGGCAAAAGCAGAAGGACAUGA